AUGGGGGACGAGAUAAAUGAUAACGUCACUGAAGACAAAAACGAAGACAGUUUAAAGAAGGAUGCGGAUGGAAACGAAAAUACCGAAGACGGUAUAGAUGAAGAAAACCAGGGUCAGGAAACUCACACAGAACUAGAUGACAACGCACAGGAAUCUCAACAAAUAGAAAACGAGCAAACAGAUGAUGUCUCUCAAAACAAAGACAUGGAGGCAGAGGAAAAACAACCUGGAAACGAAGAUAGCAAAGACGAAAACGUUCCAGACCAGGGAGCCGAAACAGAACUAUCAGACACACCACAAGAAUUUCAGACAAAAGAAGACGAGCAGACAGUAGAGGAUGAGAAAGAUGGUAGUGUCUUACAAGAUAAAGAAAGAGAGGAGGAAACUGAAAAGGAAGGCAUUGUGAUAGAAGGGGAUAGCAAAGACAAAGAUGACCAAGUCCAAGAAGUUGAUACUGAGCCAAAUGAAGACGGAAAAACGGAUGACAAAGAGGAAGAAAGUCAGAAGGAUACAGAUGGAGACGUGGGUAGUACAGACGAUGCCCAAGACGACGUUCAAGAUCAAGGACCUCCUACAGAGCAAAAUGACGACACGACGCAAAACUCUCAACCUACAGCGGAAGAGAAGAAUGAUGGCGUCUCUGAAGACAAAGGAAAAGAAGAGGGAAUUGUGAACAAGGAUGCAACUGAAAUUGAGGACAGUAAACAGCCUGAGGGUAUCAAUGAUGAUGUUCAAGACCAAGAAGCACUUACAGAGCCAACCGACAUAACACAAGAAACUAAGCAAGUAGAGGAAGAGAAAGAUGAUAGUGACUUACAAGGUAAAGACACUGAAACAGAGGAGGAAAGUGAGAAGAAAGACAUGGAGACGGAAGAGGAUAGCAAAGACAAAGAAGUCCAAGAACUUCAUACUGAGCCAAAUGAAGUCGACAAAACGGAUGUAGUCUCCCCAGACAAAGAGGAAGAAAGUGAGAAAGAUACAGAUGGAUUAGAAGACAUUAAAGAUGUCAACGGUGAAGGUAUUCAAGACCAAGAAAGUCUACCAGAGCCAAGUGCCACAGCACAGCAGUCAACAGACAUGGAAAGCGUGGACAGCAAAGACCGUGUAGAAGAAAAAGACCUUGGAGAUCACAUGGAGCAAAAUGACUCAACACAAGAACAGCAUUCGACGGAAGAUGAGCAGUCUAUGAGCAGUCUGUAUCUCAAGUGGAAGACAAAGAGGAGAAAAAGCAAACAGGACGAUACAUACGGAGAUGAGGGUAGUAAAGACGGACAAGAAGAAGAAAAGUCCGAACAUCAAGGAACAGCAGAGACAAACGAAGAAGACGGUGGUACCAACGUUGGCAAAGUCGAUGUUGAAGAAGAAUCAAAGGACGCAGGCCUAGCGGAGAAUAACAACACCGCAGGCUCAGACAUAAAAGUAGACGUGUCCGAGCAGGAAGGUACAAAUGUUGUGGAGAACGAUGUAGUUGGUGAGAACCGGGAAGAAGAUACAGAAGAGACACAGACAAAUAAAGAUGAAGAUACUAGUAGUCAGGAAGAGAACAGUGUAAUUGACAGGGAAACUGACGAAGAGAAGAAGGUAUCACAUGACGAAGCUGAUGAUGGGCUAACCCAGGAUGGCGAAGUGAACGUAGAACCUGAUGUACCCAACAAUGACAGUACAAAAGAUGAAGACGGGGAGGGGCGCGGCGAGGAUACGUCAGAUAAGAAUCAACUUGCUGUGGAAGAAAAUAACUCCACCAAGGGUGGCACAAGUGACCUGAACAAAGUACAAACCGACGACAACGAAGAGAGAGCCGUAGAAAGCACGGAAGAGAGAGAAGAUCACGAAGUCAUUGAGGAAGACCAGGAGUCAUCAGAUGAAGAACAACAGACUGAGGUGUUUGACGAAGAGAUGCGGAACAUAAUUGAUAAAACCAAACAGGCCAGCCCACAUGAAUCUGAAAAGAACCCUGUGGUCAAAGUACAAAAUCCUCGGGAAAUGGAGGAUGAAAUAGAGUAUGAAAAACUGGCACAGGAGGAAAAAUAUGUAGCUAUGCUGGAGAAGGAGAGGGAUAGUCUGAUAGCCAUCAUCGAGCGAUACGAGGGCGAAAAGAAGGCCAAAGCGUUCAAGAGAGGUUUUGCGAAGUCAAAAUAUGGGAUGGCCAUCACUGCACACAAAGUGCACGCCAGGAACACAUCAGUUGAAAUGAAGAAAAAAUAUCUCCAUGACGCAGCAGCUACAAAUGAAGCGGAGCUAGAAUUGGCCUUAGUUGAAAUGGCGAAAACAGAGUUGGAGGAAGACAUUUUGAAGAAGGACAAGAAGAUAUCGGAGCUGAUAGAUAUGAUAGGCACAGACGCUGGCACGCAGAAUGAGUCAGACAGCUGGGCGGUGGAACUGUUGGAGAUCGAGUUAGUCGCCGCAAAUCGUGAGAAGCAGCUCAUCGCCGAACAGAUUGCAGAAGCAGAUGAGCAGAGCAAGCGGAAGGAUGAGGAACUAGCGACACUGCGAGGUCGCCUGCAGGAGCUGGCAACCGUGCUUCAUGACAAGGAGAGAGAGAACAGGGAGGCGACGCUGAAGCUGUGGGGUGCCCUGUGUGAGUACAGGGCAGCCAUGUCUGCUGUGGAAAUCACGAAAAGCAAAAGCGGUCCCUUUUGA